UUUUCACUGAACUUGAAAGGACAUGGUUCCAUAACGUUUCGUGGCUAAAUAAAGUAGGGGUGGUAAAGUGAUACUUCUUUCAGUUUAUUCUUGACCGGCAUCAGUAAAAGUUCUUGUAGUUGAUAUCGACCAUGAUUACCACACACAUUCUUCUCCUGUUCACACUGACAGUGAUUCCACACACCCCAGCCCAAAACUUCGUUCCCAAUGCACAAUACAGCCACGAAAUAAUUUUCUCCAACGAAGACCUCUUAAGCCAAUCCGACAGUGAUCCUGAAAUCCUGCCGCUUGCAACGACUAGCAGAGUAUCGAGCGAGAGUGAUUUCCUGCCAGCAGGAAAUGUGUUCAGCAGAGGACCUGCUCUCGAUUCUGUCGACCUGUUCACUCCGAACACAGUACAACAACCUGCCGAGACGCCGGGUCAGAUUGAGAAUUACCGGAAAGCGUUAGAGGAGGAAGCGAGGGAAGCGGAAAGAGCGGAGAAUGCAAUUACGACGGUGUUUAGGGAUAGAAUCGGGGGUGAGAGUAACCUACAGCCCAAAAGUUAUGUGAGCGUGAAGGUGGGAUUGGGUAACAAAAGGUACGAUUAUGGAUACACGGUGUGAGACAUGGGGGUAAUUUAGAUGACAGGCAGUAUUGAUCGAAACGGUAUUAGAAUUGACACUCAAAUUAUUUUUGUAACGUACAAUUUUAUUUAUUUUGUAUAAAAAAAUUUAUAUAGCCAUAUUUUUGUUCGCGUUUGUGGUUAUUAGUUUGUUCUUAUAGUGAUGUUAUCUGUUAAAACUGUAAAUACUUUUUUAUUUUUAUAGAUGUUUAUUUAAUUAUAGAGAUAUAUGCAGAUUA